AUGUAUGUUUAUGUUAUUUUUCAAAAAAUAAAAACCAAAAGAACUCUUGCAAAACCCCAACACCAUAUUUCCCUUUUUCUCCAAGUCUUUUUUUUUUUUUUUUCAUAUAAAAACCAAAAACUCCCCCCUUUGCAACUCAACAAUGGCUUCCUCACCCGAAGAACCGAUCUCCAAUCCCCCAAUCCCCAACUCCUCCGAAGACGACGAAGAUUAUUACGAUGAAAUCGACGAAGACGAAGAAGAAGAAGAAGAUUCUCGAAGCUCGGUAACCGAAGAAUCUAGAAUGCAUUCCGAUAGGGUUAAAAUGGAGAGUUUAUUCCGUCGAUUAUCUUCGGAACGAGUACCUAUAAGAGUACACGAUGUGAUUAUUAAAGGUAAUACUAAGACGAAGGAAUCACUUAUUGAAGCUGAAUUAGAAGCCCUAAAAACUGCUACAACACUACAGGACUUACUUAAAGCUGCUAGUAUUGCUAAUGGUAGACUUCAACAGCUUGAUAUUUUUGAAUCUGUUAGUAUUACGCUUGAUUCUGGUCCACCGGAGUUGCCUGGGACUACUAAUGUUGUUGUUGACAUUGUUGAGACUGAAAAUCCCCUUACUGGAAGUGUUGGCGUUUUCUCUAAGCCUGAGGCUAGAGCUUGGUCACUUGAAGGUUCAUUGAAACUGAAAAACUUGUUUGGUUAUGGGGAUAUAUGGGAUGGGUCUUUGGCCUAUGGCUGGGACUUGACUUCAGAGAUUAGUGCUGGUGUGUCUCUGCCUAGAUUCAAAAAAUUGAUCACCCCUGUGACAGCUCGAUUAUCUCUUCUUUCCCAAGAUUGGCUGAAGUUCUCCUCGUAUAAAGAACGAGCUUUGGGACUUUCUCUUGGCUUACUGUCAUCCAGAAGGCAUGAUUUGGCAUACAAUCUCUCUUGGCGAACCUUGGAUGACCCAUCACAAAUGUCAUCGAGAGCCGUGAGGAGACAGCUGGGACAUAGCUUAAUUUCGGCUCUGAAGUAUACAUUCAAAAUUGAUAGGAGAAAUUCUCCUUUGAGACCAACCCGUGGAUAUGCCUUUCUUUCGUCUUCUCAAAUUGGUGGCCUCCUACCUGAUCAUCGGGGGUUACGCUUUCUCCGUCAGGAGUUGGACGUCCGCUAUGCUUUACCUCUGGGAUUUUAUAAUGCUGCUUUCAAUUUUGGAAUUUCUGCUGGUGUAACUGUUCCAUGGGGAAGUGGGUUCUUAAGUCGUUCCACCUUUUUACCCGAGAAAUUUUUCCUAGGUGGUAAUUCUUCUCCAGUUUGUGCAUUGGGGGGCCCAUCAUCUUUGUUGGGCUUUAAGACCAGGGGAUUAGGCCCUGCUGAACCUAGAAGACAAGUUCCAGGAAAUUCCACUGAUGAGAGUUCGGAUGCAUCUUCUGCAAUGGAUUUUGUGGGAGGAGACCUUGCGGUUACUGCUUUUGCCGACUUGUCUUUUGAUCUACCAUUGCGGGUAUUGAGAGAAGCUGGGAUUCAUGGCCAUGCUUUUGCUUGUACCGGAAGCCUGAAUAAAUUAACAGAAAAUGCGUAUAAGGAUCUAUCUUUUCAGAAAUUCAAAGAAUCCUUUCGAGCUUCGGCUGGAUUUGGUGUCAUUGUACCGACCAAGCUCUUCCGAAUGGAGGUUAAUUACUGCUAUAUACUGAAGCAACAAGAGCAUGAUCGAGGUAAGACUGGCGUGCAGUUCAGCUUCUCCUCGUCUUUUUAGAAGAUCGACAACACAUGUUCUGUUCCCAAUGAAUUGAUAACCGCAUGAUUUCCUUCUGGUAAAAUUAACAUAGUUUUAUCCCCUGUUUCUCUGUUUUGUCUGAGAUGAGAAUUUAGCCAGCCCCAUGAAGUGCACUUCAGUUUCAAACUCUGGACAAUUUUCAAAUCCACUGUUACAGGCAAAUAAUUGGCGGCCAAGUGUUAGAAUAGAUGGUUUCCUUUCGACUGGAAUUUUACGGACAGAGAGGAUACGUUGAUUUUAUUGUGGGUGAAAUUAUUGCUGAUUCACUUCUUAUUCUGCGAAUUCAGCUUUCGAAUCGAUGUUUUUUUAAGUAUGCCA